CUUCAUCACGGCAAAACAAAGAAGGUUCGGAUUCUACACAAACUUCCUGUUUGGUUCUUCAUCCCCAGGUCAGUGAUCAUCCUCAUUGCAUUUAAGCCGCUAUAACCCUCUACAAUAGCAUAGCAAAGUGUUCAUGAUUUCUUGCAAUGGCUGUAAAGCUCCGGCCUUUAGCUUUUUCUAAGAGAAUCCCCAUCUGGGUUUCUUCACGUUCUUACCUUUCUUCAAUUUCAUGCGCCAAAACCAUUGAAACUGACCCAGAAAACAAUCCAGACCCACCUAAUUUAUCUGAAUUUGAGCUAAAUAUUCAGUCUUUGAGGAACAAGCUUGUCCCUCAAAACCUGGUCCGGGUUUUGGAUAACACUGAUGAUUUGAGCUCGGCAGUGAAGCUGUUCAAAUGGGCCUCGCUCCAAAAACGGUUUAGCCACACCGCAGAAACGUAUUAUAAGAUAGUUUUGAAACUGGGAUUGGCUGGAAAUGUUAAGGAAAUGGAAGGGUUUUGUCACCAUAUGGUCAAAGAUAGAUGUCCUGGUGUUGAAGAAACUCUUUUGGAAUUGAUUGAUGUGUUUGUUAGAAAUGGUAGGCUAAGUGAGGCAAUAAGGGUACUUGUGAAUAUGAAAGCAGGUGGAAUUAGGGUCUCAGUUGAGACAUUUAAUGUUGUAUUGGGUGCUCUUGUGAAGGAGAAGAGGGAAUUUCGAGAGGUGGUGCUUGUUUAUAAGGAGAUGGUGAAGGCAGGGGUGUUGCCGACUGUUGAGACUUUGAACUUUUUGAUGGAGGGUUUGUUGGAGACUGAUCGGAUUGAGUCGGCUUUGGAUCAAUAUAGGAUAAUGAAAAAGAAGGGUUGCAAUCCUAAUAGUAGAACAUUUGAGAUAAUUAUACAGGCUCUUUUUACAAAAGGUCGUGUUGAUGAAGCUGUUCUUGUUUUAAGUGAAAUGUUUGAACUUGAAUGUCAGCUUGACAUGAGUUUCUAUACAUGCAUUAUCCCUUUGUUAUGUGGGGAAAAUAAAACAGCAGAGGGAAUCAGAUUGUUUGAAAUGAUGCGAGCUUCAAAUGUUAUGCCAAAUUUGCUGAUCUAUGAAGUUCUAUUACAGUGUUUAUGCAAGCACCUAUGUUUAGAUGAUUCGAUAAAGGUUUUAGAAGACAUGAUAGAAGCUGGCACAAUGCCACCCAGUAAUGUGAUUGUGGAUGUAAUGAAUGUCUUUUGUACACUGGAAAGGAUAGAUGAUGCUUUGAAGUUCUUGACAGAUAAGCAUAUCCUUGAAACUUCUGCCUAUAAUGUGUUGCUUGAAGGUUUCUGCAAUACUGGUAAAAUUAUCAUAGCAAAAGAUCUACUUGUGGAAAUGUCCGAAAGAAAUCUGGCUGAUUGUAAUUCUUGGAAUAUUCUCAUUAGAAGCCUAUGUGAGAAUGCAAGGAUGAAGGAAGUGUCUGAACUUCUUGAUAAAAUGGCGGUGCCAUCUUCUAUUCCUGAUUGUGCUACAUACUCAGCUCUUGUUCUUGGCAACUGCAGAAUUAGCAAUUACAGAAAAGCUCUUGAUAUGUUUUCUCACAUUCGAGCCAAAGACUGGGUUUUGGAUCCCACAUCUUACUCUGAGCUUGUCAAAGGUCUUUGCCUUGUGGAAUUGGCUUGUGAGGCUGCUGAUGUGUUCUAUUACAUGUCUAGUAAUGGAUGCCCUCUCCAGUUGCCAUCCUUCAAUAUGAUGAUCAAGGGUAUUUGUGAGACAGGAAAGGUUGUUGAAGCAAUAAGACUACAGAAACAGGCUUACUAUUCUGGUACCUUCUAUACAAGCUCAACUUACUCCACUAUAUUGGCAGGAUUAUCAAGAUUUGACGAGACAAAAGAGCAGCUGGUUAUCCUAUCAAGAAUGAUGGUGGAGGGUUGCAAUCUUGAUUUGGACGCUUACUGCAUCCUCAUUCAAAGUAUGAGUGUGCAGAAUCGAGUAAAGGAAUGUGCAUUGCUUUUCAGCAUGAUGGUCAGUAAGGGUCUCGUACCUGAUUCGGGGAGACUAGUUAGUCUAUUAUCUUGUAUAGCCAAGCAUUCUCAGUUGCACAGAGUUUUAGGUUCAAUUCAAAAAUUAAUUACCGAUGGUGAAGCUCUAAAUUCAACAGCCUACAACAUCCUAAUUUAUGGCCUCUGGAAAGAGGGAUAUAGACAUGACGCAAGCCAAUUCUUGGAUAUAAUGCUUGAAAAGGGUUGGGUGCCAGAUGCCAAGACCCAUGCGUUGUUGAUUGGGUCUGUUGUUAGUGAUGAAGUAGACAGGAAACCACUGAACUAUGAUACUGCUAGUGUCCAAGAUAAUGUUGACAAUAUCCUUGCAGAGGGCUUAGAUGCAACAUGACAGAAUUUUUCUUGUCAUGUGGUAGUGAGGAUUACUUCUCCAUUAGUCGCAUGGGAAGUUGUCAUUCUGAACUCAAGUCAGCCAUCCUCAGCCAAAUUACUUAACCAGAAUCCGGACAUAAUACACGAGCCCUGAACUCUGAUGAGAAACUCUUGCCAUUCUAGUGACUAAUGGAGUCUACAGAGUACAGAGUGCAUUUGUCUUCAUCAAUCCACACUCUACUAUUGGAGUUGUGGUAUCCACAUUCUGGGGUAGGACACUCAAAGAGAUAUUGACGAGAAUCAACUAAUCAGGUCUAUAUAGGUUGUACUUGCUCAUAUUUUCUUCAGAAACUCUACUUUGUAAAUGUGAUUAAUGUGUGGCUUGAUUUUAUUUUCAGGCAGUGUUUGACAAUAGUAGGGUUGCAUCUCUGCUAGCGUUUUGUCUUUUUGCUUGAUAAUAUUAUAGCACAGAAGUUCAGAUAGAACUGUGCUGAAAUUUACUAUCAACUUAUUAUGAUUG